AUGGCAUUCCUCCUGCGAUUCCUGCUUUCUUUCUGGAUUUUCUUGCAUGUGCUGGCGGGCCCGGAGGUUGACGAGCUCUACGCUGAACUUUUGGCGGAGGCCGACCUGCCAAGCCUGACUGCCCCGAUGGCAGCCCCGGUUGAUGCAUCUGCAGCAUCAUCUGAAGUGACUGGUGCCAGCCCUGCCAGCUUGGUGCCGCCCUUGCCAAAUGAGACCGCUGCACCUGCCACACCGACUCUUGGUCGCAAGCCGAAGGUGCGCCCUGGCCCUACGAAUCUUCUACACGAGCUGCUCCAUGGGCCGCCAACGAUCACUGCUGCUGCGGAAGACACAGGCCACGAGGGUCUGUCAGACCCCUCUCCUGCGGACGGUGCCACCAUGCUUAGCGGCCCACCUGCGGAGAUCUUCCUAGGGUACACGGUGAACACGGAGGGCGAGACGGGCGAGGCUUGGGCUCCUGACGACACUAUGGUUGAUGUGAUGCUGGACAGCCCGGACAGCGAGCUUGAAGAGCUGCCAACACUGCAAGCGCAGCCUAUCACUGGGUCAGGGUCUGAGGCUGGAUCUGCGGUACCAACCACACGCAGCGUGUCAGUUCAGGCGGAGGGCUCGGCCAUCGAUGACGCGAUACAGAUGCCGCUGAAUCACCUGGCACCCUUGUCAUCAGACUGGACCGCCUGGCCCAAGGUCAUAGGUACUCCCCUCCUCGCAAUCCAUACGCCCCCUGUCCAGGACAUGGAAAAACUGUUCGGCUCCACCUCGGACUCGACCUCCAGCUCGGACACCGACUCAGAUCAGGCCAACCUUGAAAGGCGCCUUGACGUUGCGGUGGAGGAAGACAGGAUAACCAUGCACUGCCCAGAGGUCCGAACAUCCAGAGGUGAACCGGCCAUGUUGGUGGCACAGCUCAUCCUUCAUGCUUGGCAUAGGAUUGCACAUUUGACGAGUGGCUCCUCAACAUCAGUGCCGUGCCCAGAUGCUACCUCGCUCUCCACUAGCACAUACUUGCCCUGUGAGGGCAAUGACUCCUCUCCAUCUGUGACUGCAACGGGAUAUGCUGAGGAGCGUCAUGUCAGGCCCAGGCUCCAGGACACACACACGAACACACAGCAUGCUGCUGCGAUGAUGCGACCGGGCACUACUGCUCGCAUGUAUGAGCACAUGCCUGGCUGUUGCUUGCCUCUUGGUGUACAGAUUGAUGAUGCUCUGUCUGCCCUGCCAGCAGCUGAAAGGGACAGGACUGUCCCAUCAAUCAGGGACGUGCUCCAACGGCGACCGACCACCGAUCAUAUCAGCAGCAACCUCGGUACGUGUCCUGUGAACCAUCACCAACAGGACGGUCCCGGCAACUCCCAGAUAUCGAGGUUCACCUAA